AUGCUCGGAAUGAUGAACUCUCCGUCGGAUUCGGUCGAAUUCUACGCCACCAAUCGCAAAGUUUCCGACGACGUCGCAACACACGAGGAUUCCGAUUUGCAAAAGUUUUCCGAAGUUAAGAAGAAGGAUGUGGUCACGUACACUGAUGGUUAGCCCCUUUUCUGUUCCUUCACAAUCUGCUCAUUCUUUUCAGACGGCAGAAAGAUGAUCAACGGCAAGUUGGUGGCCGAGUCCGAUGCUCCGACCAUGUGGGGCUCCGCUCUGCUCCGUGGCCGAAUCCGAACAAUCACCGGGACGCCGGUGGUUCAGAAAGCCGCGAAAGAAGGUACAUUUUUUAGAAAUUUCAAACGAUUCUAGUGAAAAGUGAACUGCAGAACGCGAAAACGUGCGUCGAAACUCGAAAAAGUUGGGCAAAACGAUCGCGGUGGUCGCCUCGCUUCAGACGUUGACAACCACCGAAUCAUCGGACAAGGUGCUCAAAAAUCGCCAAAAUUCUGAAGAUUACGGUAUAAGUUUCAGAGCCAGAUGUUGCGCAGCCAGUGGAAAUCACGCCGGUGUCGGUGGUUGGCCCCUCCUGUCCUCCGAAAUGAGAAGAUUCGGAGUUUGGAGUUUGGAUAA